AUGGAUGCUCAAGUUCCUCAAGGAAAUUUAUGUUGUUCUUACCCCUGUCAAAACAAUGGAGUUUGUCUUACAAAGGGAUUCAAUGACUACGAGUGUGAUUGUACAGGCACAGACUUCUAUGGGAAAAAUUGUGACACGCCUACACUGUUAAAAAGGGUCAAGUUAUGGUUGAAGCCAAAGCCAUCUACAGUUCAUAAUCUGAUGAUUGAUCAUCAAUGGUUUUGGAACAUCGUGAAUAAUCUCCCAUUUUUGAGGAAUUUUUUAAUGAGGACAUUUAUAAUGCUUAGAUCAAAUCUUAUCGACAUUCCACCUCCAUAUGACAACGAUCAUUCAUAUAUAACACUUGGUGCAUAUUUCAAUAAUUCCUUCUACACAAGAGUUCUCCCGCCCGUUCCCGAGGAAUGUCCGACUCCAAUGGGUGUAGCAGGAAGGAAAGAGUUACCAGACGUAAAUGCUCUGGUUAAAACGUUGUUUGUGCGGGAAAAAUUUAAACAAGAUCCAAUCGGAACAAGUGUUUUGUUCAGCUUUAUGGCUCAACACUUUUCACAUAUGUUCCUGAAAACUGAUUUCAAGCGUGGUCCACAAUAUCAGUGGGGAGGACAUGGAAUAGACAUGACAAAUAUAUAUGGAAAGAAUAAACAUGAUGAAAAUCUUCUGAGAUCCUUUAAAGAUGGCAAAUUGAAACUUCAGAGUAUAAAUGAUGAAGAUUGGCCGGUUCUAACCAAAGAUGCUAAUGUUGAAAUGCAUUACGUGGCACCUGUUCCCGCGGAAAGAAAAUUCGGUCUUGGUCAUUCGUUCUUUGGUAACUUGCCUGGACUGUUUAUGCUCUCUACGAUCUGGAUGAGAGAACACAACCGAGUAUGUGAUGUGAUGAAGAAAGUACAUCCAGAAUGGGAUGAUGAACGUAUCUUUCAAACAGGAAAACUUAUACUAUUAGGCAGACAGACGAUUAAAAUUGUGAUAGAAGAGUAUGUACAACAUCUAAGUAAUUAUAAUUUUCAACUUAUGUUUAAACCGGACUUGCUGUUUGGUGAAAAUUUUCAGUAUCAAGCACGAGCUUCAGUGGAAUUCAAUCAUUUAUACUUCUGGCAUCCUUUGAUGCCAGAUGAAUUCAAAAUUGGAGAUACUAAUUACACCAUGAGGGAUAUCUUGGUCAAUCCAGGACUUGUUAUAAAACACGGAAUGGCAACAUUUGUAGACUCUCUAUCCAAACAAACCGCUGGUGCGUUUACAGUAAAGAAUCAUGGAGCAAUAACACUUCCUGUUGUACAGAAACUGAUUCAAAAUGGCCGAACAUUACGUCUGCAGUCUUACAAUAAUUACAGGAAACGUUUUAAUCUAAAACCGUUCAAAUCAUUUGAAGAACUAACAGGUAAUAAGAAGUUAGCAAAGAUCUUAGAAAACCUAUAUGAAGAUAUUGAUACUGUCGAGUUUUACGUCGGUCUCAUUACUGAGAAACGACGACCACGGGGAAUGUUUAGUGAGGGUUUAUUAGAGAUUGGUGCUCCAAUGUCAAUCAAAGGAGUAAUGUCCAACCCGAUAUGCAGUCCUAAAUAUUGGAAACCGUCCACAUUUGGAGGUGAUGUUGGAUUUGAAAUAGUUAACACAGCAACAUUAAGAAAACUUUUUUGUCAGAAUAUGAAAGGCGAUUGUCCGGAAGUGUCAUUUAAAGUUCCUGGUUUUGUAGAGCAGAAACGGACGGAUGGUGAUUGUGCAGAACACGAGGAACUAUAAAGCUGUGAUUUAUUAAUAUCAUGUUUCUCUAUUUUCGUCUUUUCAGAUUAAGUGAGAUAUCUAUCAAAUGUACUUGAUGUUCCCUUUCAAUUUUCAAAAUGUUAUUAAGCAUUUUGCAGUUGGUUUAGGGCGGGGUAUUAAACAAUCCAUGUACCCUGUGUUGCUCAUUAGGCCUAGUUGACGAAGUCUAUACAUAAUAAUAAUGGAGUAGUAAUUUUAUUGCUAUUUAUUUUCAUUUUGACGGUUGCUUGCAAGUCUUCAACGGUCAAAUGACAAGUUCAGAUUGAAUAGUUAAUGAAAGUCUAACCACAUACAACACACAUUCAAAACAUGAUACACAGGAAUCAUAAUAUAAAACAAGUAAGAUAUGUAUGUGCUUGGACUAUAUUAGUCCCUGGUAUGUGUCAUUCUAAAAAGAGUCCAUAAGCUAGAGAGACUAUAAAACAUUCUAUAAUCAUAUAAAACUUGUAAAAAAGCAAUUAAUGAUAUAAAACACUGUUUCUUCUUGUUUAAAUGUUAUGGUAUGUUUUGGCAAUAUUACUUAUAUUGAUGUAAUUAAAUAGUUAUGUAACUGUGUUUUCUGUCAUACAAAUUAAUAAGUUACAUGUAUCAUUAAAAUGAAAUAUAUUAAAUGAACAUUGCAUGUCUUAUCAACACUUACAGCAACACACAGACAGUCCCCAUCAGGUUUGUUUUAAUUGUCCGAAUUGAUUAUAACGGAGAGUUUUAAUAUC